AGUGGCAAUCGUGAAACAUCGUUAAUGAACCUUAGCCACAUAGCUUCAAGGGUUAUUACUGGCCCUGUCUUGGUCGGCACAUCUCAGAAACUCCAUUCAGGGGAACAUGGGUAAGCAUCAGAUGUAGUUCUUGCCCUACCUCUCGACGGCCAGUGAUCCGAAUGGUUCCGGUUCAGUUUGUAACGGACUGCUGGAGAAGUGGAGCACCCAUACCUCCAUUAAAGAGAAUGGAUCUCUCGGUAUAAAAUUACUCAGAACAUGAUAUGAUCAAAAGGGUGUCUGCCUUUUGCAGCUCCACCGGAGGAUUGGAUUCUUACAUAUAAAGCUAGCAACCAUUACCUGCUGUUGAACCGGAUUAACAACUCAUUCUUUCUUUACACUUCACCCUUUAGUCCUUCCUUCCUUUCCAUUUGUCUUUCUUUUCAACAUGAAGUACGUGUCUGUCCUGGCCGCCGCUGCGGCCGCCUUUGCCAGCACCGUUGGCGCCGUCGGCGUUUCUGGUGCUGCUGAGGGUUUUGCCAAGGGCGUCACUGGUGGUGGCAGUGCUACUCCGGUUUACCCAUCCACUACCGAUGAGCUGGUCUCAUAUCUCGGUGACAGCCAGCCGCGUGUUAUCGUCCUUACCAAGACCUUCGACUUUACCCACACUGAGGGCACUGAAACCACUUCUGGUUGUGCUCCUUGGGGUACUGGCUCCGGUUGCCAGCUCGCCAUCAACAAGGAUAACUGGUGCAACAACUACGAGCCCAACGCCCCUAAAGUGUCCCGCAUCACCUACAACAAGGCCGGUGUUCUCGGUAUCACCAUCAACUCCAACAAGUCUCUUAUUGGCCAGGGCAGUGCCGGUGUCAUCAAGGGCCGUGGUGUCCGUAUCGUCAGCGGCGCCAAGAACGUCAUCAUCCAGAACAUCGCUAUCACUGACAUCAACCCUCAGUAUGUCUGGGGUGGUGAUGCCAUCACCCUGAACCAGGCUGACCUUGUCUGGAUCGACCACGUUACCACUGCCCGUAUCGCCCGUCAGCACAUCGUCCUCGGUACCCAGGCCGACAACCGUGUCACUAUCUCCAAUUCCCUCAUCGACGGCCGCUCCGACUAUUCUGCUACCUGCAACGGCCACCACUACUGGGGUGUCUACCUUGAUGGAUCCAACGACAUGGUCACCAUGAAGGGUAACUACUUCUACAACACCUCCGGCCGUAUGCCCAAGGUUCAGGGCAACACCCUCCUCCACGCUGUCAACAACUACUUCCACAACGUUGAGGGUCACGCCUUCGAGAUCGGCUCUGGCGGCUACGUCCUUGCCGAGGGUAACGCUUUCCAGAAUGUCGAUGCCCCCGUGGAGUCCCCCAUCAGCGGCCAACUCUUCAGCGCCCCUGAUGCCACUACCAACGCUCAGUGCAAAUCUGUCUUCGGCCGUACUUGCCAGAUUAACGCCUUCGGCAGCUCUGGAUCUUUCAGCCAGGCUGAUACCGCUGUCAUCUCCAAGUUCUCUGGCAAGAACAUCGCUCCUGCUCACCUUGCCUCCAACAUUCCCCGGUGGGUCAUGGCUAAUGCCGGCCAGGGCAAGCUCUAAAUCAUUGAAUGAAGGUUCUUCACUUAGGGAAUUUGUGGGAAUGAGACUGUAGAAGGUUAUAGGGGCGAUAAUUAAGCUUCGUGUAUCUAAUUCUAUGUAAUACUAUUUUCUAAGCAAGCUACAAAC